UUCAGAUCCUUCAAAUAAUCUUCCAUAAUGCUUGACGUAUUCCACGGAGAAUUUACUUUUAUUAAAUUUAUUUCGACUCUCGCCUUUUUCACGACAGUAGGGCUGUUCUUCUGUGGAAUCCCAAUCUGCCGUCAAAUAUGGAAAAGAAAAGACACGGACGAAAUCAGCGGUGCCCCAUUCCUUAUGGGAGUACUUGGAGGCACUUGCUGGAUUGUCUACGCUUACUUAAAAGGUGACAAUACUGUGAUGUAUGUAACCGGUACACAAAUUUUGCUCUAUUCUACUUAUACUAUAUUCUAUUGGUUUAUGUCUAAAAAGAAGCUUGGGAUCUCAAUCAAAAUUCUUCUUCUUGUGGGUAUUUGUUCAGCGCUUGUAGCUUUGGCUCAUAUCUUUGGACAAAAGGUUUUUCACCCUUUGGGCAUUAUUUGUACAACCUUGAACACUAUGGACUUUGCUGCACCCUUGAGUGGAUUGCGAGUAGUAAUACGUCGCCGUGCAACAUCCACCUUACCCCUCCCUCUCUGUAUUGCCAACUUUAUGGUCUCUACAGAAUGGUUUAUUUAUGGACUAUUAGUAUGGGACUUUUACUUGAUUACCCCAAACGGCAUUGGCAGUCUUUUGGCAUUUGCACAACUUAUUUUAUUUGUUGUCUUGCCAAGAAAACCCAAACAGAGGCCUCCAUUUAUUCGACUAUUUUAUAAAAUUCGACGUUGUUGUUCAACAGAAAAGGAUAUUAUUUCUACAGAUGUUGAGGCUAUUGCAGUUGUCUCAACAGAAAAAGACCCAGAAGACAAAAUGUCUUUGGGCAUAGAUAGAAUAAGCCACCAUCGUUGGUCUAGCCGUAUUCUUACAAAUGUGGUAGGGGAAGUUGAAAAUGCUAUUCAGAAAGUGCAGAUUGGAGAGCAAUUUGCCUAUUCACACAAACUGGACAAAUCAGCAGAUUCCUCGGAUUCUGGCUGUGCGGAAAGCGCUAAGACACUUUCACCUGAAGAACACCGUAAAAUUGAAGAACACAUACCUUCAACCAACACCGAGGAGGAAGAGAUUGACACGUUCAAUGAAAACGAGAAUGCCUUUGCUGAAAGUGCAAAAUCGAUGAGAUUGAGUGCUAAACACUUACAAAAGCUGGCAGCAACAUUUGGGGGGUCUGGAGCUGAAAAUUUGGACUUGGGAGAGAGUGGUGAAUUAGAUUCUGUCUAUGGACAUUUUGUUAGAAGGCAAUGUGCUAGUGCUAUGAGUGAAUCUGCAAAUACAGAUAGGCUAUCAAAUUCUGGCCUUUUCCGCCUCAGUCGACGCCUCUCAGCAAAAAUUCAAAGGACUAUUCAUCAACAGGAACAGCCUAAGAAACGUGCAGGAUAUAUUGGUGGAUUUGGCUAUUCGCUCCAACAACAUCAUUAUCGUGCAUUGCAUCCGAAAACAGAUCAGGAACAAACUGAUGGAGAACAUGAUGAUGUGCCAAUAAUAGUUGAGACAGAUGAGGAUGUUGCAUCAAACAAGCACCAACGAUAUUUAAAACGAGCUAAAAGCGAGCCUUCCCUAGCAGCUAAACAGCAUCACAAUAAACAUUUUAAAAAAAUUAAAGAAGAAAAUAAAGCCGAAGAAAAUCAGCAGAUUGAACAAGAAGUUUUGAAAGAAGGUGAGAAACAAGAAACAAAUUCGGUUAAGGACGAUAAGUGUUUGUUGGGCUGA